CCGGCCAGAACCAAAAACAAAAACAAGCUUUAGUUUGUGAAUAAAUCCCCCCGCGCGCCCCCUCCCUCCUCUCACAGUGUUCAUCACAAAACAAAGCACCAUCGUCUCUCAUAACACAGACAGAAGCAACAGCCAAGACGAAGAGAGAGAAGUAGGAGGUAGCUAGGUAGCGUUGAUGGAGGCAAACCGCCAGAACAAACCAAACGGUCUCACCCUAGAAGAAUUUGCAGAGCUGGUGUCCCACAUUCGCACAUAUCACACGUUUGAGAGUUCAUCUAGGACAUGCACAUCCUUGAUAACACAACGGGUCGAUGCUCCCCUGGGCAUAGUCUGGCCUCUGGUGCGAAGCUUCAGCAACCCUCAGAGGUACAAGCACUUCGUCAAGAGUUGUAAAAUGAGUAGUGGUGAUGGAGGUGUCGGGAGUAUAAGAGAAGUCACUGUUAUCUCUGGCCUUCCGGCUUCAACAAGCACAGAAAGGCUAGAGAUUUUGGACGAAGAGAAGCAUAUCCUGAGCUUCUGUGUCCUAGGAGGCGAGCAUAGGCUCCAUAACUAUCGGUCCGUCACUUCGGUGAACGAGUUCAGCAAGGAAGGCAAGGUUUACACGAUUGUCUUGGAGUCGUAUAUUGUGGACAUACCGGAGGGAAACACCGAUGAGGAUACCAAGAUGUUCGUCAACACUGUUGUGAGGUUGAACUUGCAGAAGCUUGCUGAUGUUGCCAUGGCUUCUCUGCAGGAACAUGUUGGCCCUAGAGAGAUAGAUGAUGGCCAGACGACAAUGACAACAACCGACCACAACCAUGAUGAUAUAUACUGCAACUAGUAGUACUGAUGGGCUGAUAUAUGGCUUUGUUUUUGUGUUCCAUCUUCAAUUCUCUGCAGCUAGCAACGCUUACCGGUUAUUGUUUUACAAGGGGAAAAGCAACGUAGUAGGGCUUAAUUUGCCAGUUCCAUAUAUUGAUUGGGCUUGGCCGUAUACUCGGCUUUGGUGGGUGGGGUUUGUUAUGAGCCAUAAUCAUCAAAGCAGUCUUGAAUUCCAUUAAUUAGAACGAUCAAAACCAAUGCUGUAACACAACUUAAUAUCAUGUGUAUUCUCAAUGGGGGAGGGGGGCUUAAGCUUCAUCCAUUAAUAUUGGGGGAAAGAAAUUAAUUAAUGGUUGAAAUUCCAUCUUAUCAUCCAUCCAUUAAUG